AUGCCGCCAAGAAGGAACGUGUCCGCUCACGAAGGUAGUGAUGGUGGGAACGAAGUCAUUGCUCCCACUAAUGCUCAACUGGCUCAUGGACUUCAACAGUUGACACAGUUGACACAAGCUUUGGGUGCUACGUUACUUCAGAAUGGCAAUGGAAACGAUGUGGCUAAAAAGGUUUCUAGUCUCAAUCCUCCUUUUUAUGGCGGACAAGAAGAUCCUCGUGUGCUUGAAGAUUGGAUAAGAGCUUUUGAUAAGUUGUUGGAUGCUAUUGGUUGCCCUGCGGACCACAAGGUGGAGGCUGCUGUGUACUACUUGCAACAAGAAGCUGACAUUUGGUGGGUAAAUAAUGGUCAUGCUCUUAGUCAACAACCUGACUUUGACUGGGAGGCCUUCAAGGAUGCUAUGAGGGAUCGCUUCUAUCCUGAACAUGUUAAGGCUGCAAUGUAUGAGGAGUUCUUACACUUAAAGCAAGGCAAUUUGUCUGUGCAAGAGUAUCAUGCGAAAUUCUUGGAGCUUGCUCGUUUUGCACCUAGGUUGGUUCCUGAUGAGUAUAGCAAGACACAGAAAUUCAUUAGGGGACUGAAUUUUGGAAUUCAAAAGGUAAUUUGCGCCCUUGAUCUUGAAACACUAAAUAAGGCAUACAAUAAGGCUGCUAACCUUUAUCGUGUGGAGUUGAUUGAAAGAGAAGCCAACAUGAAGAGUAGGAGGAGGAUGGAGAUCAAUGAGGAAGAGAACAAGCAAGGGUAUAAAAGACCUAAGUUCAAUAAUGAGUUGUCAAAUAAAGGAUUUCAAAACAACAAGGGCAAUGGAGGUUAUGGUGGCAACAAUGGGCAAGAAGGUCACUGGCAGAAACGCAAUGGAAUGGAGAGGUAUCAUUACUGCAAGAGAUGUGGAAAUGGACACCCUGGGAAGGAUUGCCAAGGAAAUUUAGUGAAAUGCUUCAAAUGCCAAAAGUUGGGACAUCGAGCGUAUGAAUGUCAUUUAGAACAAAAUGGGAAUCAACAAGGAUCUAACGGCAAUGGAGGAAAUCAAAGAGGACCUAGACCUAACAAUCAUGGGACUGGAAACCGAAAUCACAAUGGUGGAGGCAGCAAUGGAAAUAAAAAUGGGAACAAUCAAGCAACUGAUAAUGGAGGUCAAAACAACCAUGGUGGGAACAACAAUCGAGGAAGGAUCUUCGUCAUGAGUAGAACUCAAGCUGAGGCUGGUGAUAUGGUUUCUGGUGAUGUCGCGUGA